AUGGCCCCAAAGAUAAAAUUAACUUUAAAUCCGCCUACUAAUAAUGAAUACUACACGAGUGAUGAUGUUAUCGCAGGAAUGGUUAGCCUGUCAUUGAACAAAUCUUCCUCUAUUAAAUGUAUUAAGGUUCAACUGAAAGCCUUUAUGGAGACGACGACGAAGAUGGACGCAGGCUCAGCUGCGGUGGUCCAGAACGGAGUUCUUAUACCUUUGCCAGAUAGCAAUGAGUAUCACAUGACAGUAGAUUCCCAGUCAAGAGUAUUUCCACCAGAUAAUGUCUGGAAUGCACUAGAGGGAAAUCCUAAACCUUUCAAGUUAAAGCCAGGUCAAUAUGAAUAUAAUUUCAAUUUAAACAAAUGGCCUUCCACACCGAAAUGUUUCCCUAACCAUUCAAGUGAUUCAUUAACUUUUUUCGGUUCGAAACGUGGCAUCAAGAUCACAAGCAAUGAAAAUCUCAAUCUCAACCGCUUAAAGAGAAAUGUACAUUUACCUCCAAGCUUCAAUUUAAAUUAUAAAGAUUUAUUAAAAAUAGAUAACUUGGAUCUGUAUUAUUAUUCUAUGGGUAAAAUUCUCUAUUUGAUUGAAGUUAAAGUAGAACUAGGUAAACCGUCAAAUUGGUUUAAGCCAUUUGAUAGAUUUGUGACACACAUCGAAAAAAUUGAAUUUAUACCAACUUACAAGAAUUUGAUAAUGGAUUACGAUUAUCAAGAUUUAGAAAAUGAAAAAAGUUUUUUGAAUUCUAAUUUAUCUAGUAUUAAAAUUGUGGAUCUUCCAGGUUUAUUGAAUGAGCAAAUGUUAUCAAAUGAAGAAUUAUCUAAUAAAAAAAUUGUCAAACAAGACCUUUAUUACCCUUAUAAUUCAUUGAAUUUACCAAUUGUAUUCCCUUCCGUGACACAUCUUACAAUAUCUAAGUUUAACGUUCAUUUACAAGCCAUUGGGAAGAAUUUAAGAAAAAAUUUUAGAAACGAUUAUUUUUUCCGUAAAGGUUCAAAUAAAUUCGAUAACGUCUCUCUACUUCUAGAACCAAUGGAUAAUGGUAUAACGAACUUACCAACAAAUAUAAGAGAUUUUAUAAAAUUAACAAAAUUACAAAUCAAUUUACUAGAAAAUGCAAGUUACUUAUCAAAAAAUAUUUCAAAUGAAAACCAUUCUUCGUUAAGAUUAAUUGAAAUUGACCCUAAAACUUUCCCUGAUUUUAAUUUAAAUGGGUUAGUAGAUUGGAAUUCUGUUGAGAUUAUCGAUACUUUUUCAAAGAUUAAUAAUAAACCAAUUAAAAUAUUUAAAAUUGAUAUUAAAUUUUGGGAUCAUCCAAUAUUAAAAAAAAUCAGAUUCAAUGAAGAAAAUUAUAAACAUAGAGGCAAUAGACUGUAUAGUUUUAGAACAUGUACCAUAAAGAGAAGCUAUCAAUUACAAAUGCUGACAGAUUGGAAAUGCGCUACGGAAUCACAUUCUUCCCUAAUAAAAAACCUGGAAAUUAGAAUACCAAAUGCUCAAGUUUUUGUCCAAUCAAAAUCAAAUAUUAGAAAAAAUUCAACAAAUAAUGAAGUUUCUGGUAAAAUCAAUAAAGAACCAUUACCUCCAUACGUUAAUCCUCCAGAAUAUGCACAAUUCUCAUCAAUUGCAUCAAUAUCUUCAAACAAUGAUGUUCAAGAAUUUAGUAAUGGCAUCAGGAAAUAA